AUGACAACGAUGUUCGUCCAACUGCGUGGUGUGGUGUACCUGUUGGUACUUCUGCACUGCUGUAUGUGUGCGCGAGGCGAUACGGUGGAGAGCGUAGCGGGCGCAGGCGGGCAACUCGCGAGUAAUGCCCAAAGUGUGGAAAAUCCGGUCGAAGAAGUUCUUUUGAACACGAGUGACGCUGAAAGAGUUCUCUUGGAGGGGGAAGCUAUAUUGUCUGUGUUGAAGAAGGAGGUGUCUUCAUGUAAUCAAACGUAUUCGCGCCGCGCGGGGGCAGUGGAUGAAUUUGCUGUGUUUCAAAAUGACAUGCAGAUGUACACGAAUACUAAAGACGAUGGGAAAAUUGAACCGGAGAAAGGUGUCGAUGGUAAGGAAUUCAGGGAUUUCUUGCACAAGGUUAAAAUGGCACUGAAUAAAAAGAACACCGCGCCCUAUGCUCUGCAGAAACCAAUCGACAAUGUAGAGAGCGCAAAAACAUUGUGCCAGAAGGCGCUCGACGAAGUGAAGGUCGUCCUGAACAACCUCAACACGACCGCGGAGCUCGAUGAAAGAGGCACAAAGAUACGCGAAAAGUUAACCAAACUCCAGAGCGACAUCGAUAGUGAGCUAAAACGAUGCGAAAAGGCCGUUUUUGAAGCACGGGAUCUGUUAAAAACUUGGAAAUCUGUGAUGGAUACGUUCAGUGGAAUUGCGACGGCUCUCACCGCAAAGGGAGCGAUUAUGGUAAGAGAUGGGACAAACGUGGAAAAUAACUUGAAAAACAUUAAACAAUUAAGCGAAGAAAAAUUAAAAGAAAUCGAAGAUUUUAAGAAGGAAAAUGAGAAUAAAAGAAUGGAGCAAGCCACUAAGGAAAUUGAAGAAAAGGUGAAAGAGGCAAAGAAAACGGUGAUGGAACGCAUUGCGGAGCAGAGAAGGGCUGAAGAAGAAGCAAAACAGGUUCCGAAUGAGGAGGCGGGAAACGUUCAAGGGGCUGCAGAACGCGUGGUUGAGAAAGAAAAAGUCAAAGAGCCAACAGAAAAGAACAGGGAUGAAAAGGACAGAGAGGAAGAAGAACAGAAGCCGGUAAAAGGAGAAGAGAGCACACGACCUGCUGAGGCUGAAAAGAACAAGGAAGACAAAGCCAGAGAGGCAGAAAAGGUAAGAGAGACAAUGGAAGUGGCGGAACGGACAAACAUAACCAUAAGAUGGAGUGAUGGCAGCAGCAGCCCUGCAUUGGUACACAGUCCCUUAUUGCUUCUUGUUCUGAUGUGUGUGCUGGGUUGCACUCUCGUGUGCUGA